AUGGGCGUCGAUACUAACGAGCUUGACGAAAGUGAACGAGGAUCUCCUAGAUCAUCAAUCCAUCCAGAUUCAUCGUCUCUUUAUGCGGCUGCGGAUGACGAACAUAGUCAACGUGAUUCAAGCCAAAGGGCAACAAGUAGACCUCAUAUCGGGUCAAACAGAAAAGUCGCGUUGAUAUUGGCCUACGCAACAUAUGGAAGUAUGGUUCCCAAAACAGGGUCACUCAUUCCAUGCCAGUCAAAAUCAAAGAACUAUCUCACACCAACUGUACUGAACGGCAUCAUAGAGUUCGGAGAACCGCUGAAGGUCCGGAUUGUCAAAGAUGUCUUUAUCAGUGUUGAAGAGAGUAAACAUAGGAAGAACCAUAGGAAGACUUACUCCACAACCUCUCUGACAGGGGAAGAUCAGUAUACAAGCAAUCGCAUAUCCCUGGAACUUGGUCUUGACCACUCACCUCACAGGAUGGACAAUAGCCGCCGAAGUUCCGACGAAGAAGAUGAAGUACCCAACCAGAUGACUUCGUUUUUGGACAUGAGCUCUCCUUCCUUUGAGAAGAAUGAUAGAGAUCUAGUUGAUCAAAAUGAGGAAGGUAAAUCGGAGGCACAGUCUCAUUCUCAACCUGAGCAACCAACGCCUCCCUCCAAUCCCAGUCUCGAAGACCUAUUUGAUGAUCUUUUUGGAAAAACGUCAUCGUGGGAGGGCGUUGGCAGAGAACCUCCAACCAAACUAACAGCACCAGGAAUAGACUCUAAUUUAAGCGGUGCCAAUGUAGCGGGUAGCUCUAGUGCAAUCGAUGAACAAGUUCAAGCUACUUCUUUCGGGCGGUCAAUACACACCGAUCCUUCUCAAUUCAAUGCGGCCAAGACGUCCGCCGGUGCAUCCACGCGUUCACAACGUUUACUUGGGCUUGUGAGACAGCAGUCUCGACGAGUUAAAAAAGGUGUUGAAAGUGCGAAAAGCCGUUUGAAGGGUAAACAGUCCGUGAAACCAGAAUUGGAAGAAGUACAUUUGACGGGUGCAUCCACGUCAAUUCUUCCUUCUUCUAAUGAUCAUCGCUCUCAGGGUUCCUUGGGAGCACCUAUUCCCCGUGGAUCUGAUGAUACUACAGAGGUAAGACAAAGAUCUUUACUCUCUGAGCCCCUUCUCUCUCAAGAAAGGCCCUUGAGUCCACCACUACUUGAAAGUCAGAGAGAGGAAACUGAUGUGCAAACUUCAGGAGCCCAAAAAUCAGAUGUGCAUCCUGGUACUCGUACUGCCUCAACAGAUGACCAAGAUGUGGACGAUCCACGCCACGAGGUAAGAAUAGUUCAACUUACACCCUCAAAGCAGAGUUUGAGUUUUCUCAGAGCCCCCCGUAGAGUCUCCGCUCGCGCACUCGUGCGCAGUCUGACACUGGCACCUCCUAAUUUCCUAUCUCGCUUGACAAGUGCUUUCCGCCUGUCAAGAGCUAGGCCGUCCUCUGUCAUGCUUUUGCCACCAUCGGAUAGAAAUAUAAAAAUCUCGACAACUCGACAAUUACACACCGAAGGACAUGAUACAACAACUGCUAAUACGGGACCAUCCUCUCCCGUAUCACCUACCGGUGCUAUACCUCACCCCCUCGAACACUGGAAUAUCAUAUCAUGA